CAUUUGGGCCGGGCCACCUCGCAUAAAGGCAGCCAGUGUCUUCGCCUCGCGCCCACGAGCGAGAGGUCCGCGGCGAUGGAGUCGCUACGCGUGGCCAAGGUGGCCCAGUGCCUGGCCCUGUGCGCCCUGGUGCUCACCCUCGUCGCGCUGCUCCCCGCGCCCCACGGCAUGGUAUCCCCGAGCUCGGAGGCCGUCAAGCGCUUCAGGCGAUACCUAGUCAGCGUCCCACCAAACUCCAUCGUCAAUUUCACUGGCUGGCAACAGACCUACGUUCCCCUCGGCGUGGCACUAUUCGGGAGGAACCCAUACCUUUUAAAUUUCGGCUGAGCCAUUCAAAGCAAAUAAACGCUGGAACUAGAGAAAAAUUGCGAA